AUGAUUGUAUUUUCAGAGGAUGACGAUAAAUUCCUAGAUCAAUAUCAUAGGUGUGCAUAUACACCCCCAACCAUCUCAAAUACCAAUCAUAAUGUGAAUGUUGAUCUUGCAUCGUCUGAGAGUAAAAGAGAUAUAGUACCUCUAUCUAUAUAUGAUCAAGAUGAUAAUGACGAUAGCAACAACAACAACAACAAUAUAGAUAUUAUAGAUAUUACCAACAUGAAUGGCAGUACUCGUAAGAAUUCAAAGAGUAACGGUAGUAGUAGCAAUAGCAGUGGCAAUAAUAAUUCAACUUCAACUACCUCACCUUCCAAAAAGAUAAAUAUUCCAAAAACAAAAAAGAGAUCUCAAUCAAGUGCUAGUAAAUUUAAUACUUUUAAUAAUAAUAACAAUAAUAACAAUAGUAAUAGCAAUAAUAAUAAUAAUAAUAUUAGUAAUAUUGAGAAUAAUAAUUUAAAUGAUAUAAUUAAAAAGAAUAAACAAAGAGAUUGGUUCGAAAGCGAGUCAUCCCAUGACGAUCACAAUCAAAUCACAGUAUUGAUCUCACCUAUUCGCAAUUACUAUCAGCCUGGUGACACUUUAGAUGUGGUGGUCAACGUCAACGUAAAGCGAUUGCAGUGUUUGAAUGCUACCUUUGAGGGAUAUUCGUCAUGCCAAGUACCGCCAAGACAUGGACAAGAAGACAAGACACCCAACCUACUGAAAUCAAAGAUUGCUGCAACAAACUUUUAUCUAUACCCAACUGAAGAUGACAUUCCGCUGAAUUUAUCAAGUAAAUCAAUUAAUAACAAUACUUAUCGUAGCAAUAGUUAUAAUAAUAUUAUAAAUGUAAAUAAUCAAAUGUCUACUUCCACUUCAACAACUUCCACUUCAACUACGACAACAACAACAACAUCGACAACAACCACCGCACAAUCAAUAUCAAAUCCAUCAUCUACAACCUCUUCACCUUUCUCAUUAGAUAAGCAACAGCAUCAACAACAACAACAACAACCACUAGAUCAACAGAGCAACAAUACAAUUAGUUCAUCAACAGCUAAUCUAAGUACUAUCGAUAAGGAGCUGUUGAGGAAUGUGUCGGACGAUAUGAUUAUCUCUAAUCUUGGAAAAUCAACAUCGUUUUCAUCACUCUACAUUUCAGACUUGGUCGAUGAUGAGUGGUUCGAUAUGGACCAGCAGGCUCUCUCGCAGAGAGAUAAUCUCUCGAUGAAUGUGAGCAGUGAAGAACUACAGGAUCUAGAGGAUAUCGACAGUUCGCUGGUAGAACCACCACAAGUACAGGCAUGUGCCGACCACUUGGUACUCUCAAAGAAGAAACACAAGUUCACCUUUCAACUGAAGAUUCCACAGAGCUUGCCACCAUCGUUUGCCUUUAGUAAGCAAUCGAAAAACGGAAUAUUCUACCGUAUUCAUCUCUCUGGUCUCGGUCAGAUGCACCACAAAUUCAAUCGAACGGAGCACUCACUGAUCAAAGGUUUCGAAACAUCGAUUCCACUCUCCAUUUGGAAUCCAAAGUGUGAUUAUCUUCCCCGUCAACUCUUGCAAGCAGACAACCUCUUUUGCUCAUCCGAAACCUAUCAGUCGACAAAGAACAAUGUACAUAUAAAAGCAAGAUUACUAAUUAAAAACUUUUGUGUUAUUGAUUCUGCCGUAAGUACCUACCAACAAACAAACCAACAUAUCAAAAGAAAAGAAAAACAAAGAAUUUAA